AUGGAUCAAACCGAAUGCGAGGGAACGGAGAGCAGAACGACAUAUGACCCUCCGAACACGCUUGACAAGUCUCGCGCUGGGCCAUGGGUGGAAGGAACUUGGAGGGAAGCUAGCAAAGCGACCCUGGUUGAUGAUGAUGAGGCCGUGAAAACGUCCCAGGUCAAUCAUAAAGCUCUGGAUGCGAGCAUCUACGAAUGA